AGACCCGUGCGUGCCUUACGUUCUGCAGACACGCGCAACGACAAGCCCGGAAGCGCCGAUGGGAGGAAAAUAAAAAAAAAAAAGAAGAAGAGAAAUCGAUCAAAGAAUCCGCUGCGACUCCGCGAGCUUGAACCGUCCAACUUACGGCCGAACCCACCGAACCCAUCCGCCUGGUCCGCUGCCAGCCGCGCCGGAGCGCACGCACGGGAGCGCGGGGGCGAAGUUGCUCGUUUGUCGUGGGGGGGGGGGUCUGUUUAGCUGACGUGUGGAGAAGUUGAGACCGAUAAACAAACAUAAACAAGCGGGAUCAGCUGAGCGGCGGGUCCGAACCGGAACCGAACCGGCAGCAGCAGCAGCGCGCACGGCUGGGAGCGACAUGUCACGGAGAGAGACUCCUCUUUCGAGCCCGACAAUGAUCCACAGGAGACCGUGACUUCCACUCGAGCUCUCCGGGAGCGACUGUCAACACGGCCGCACAAAGAAUCACGGAAACGCAACGCGAGGACCGGCCGAGAGAGAGAGAGAGCCAGCGGGACCGCUUGAGACGCGACACGGGCCCCGCAUGGACCACCAAUGAGUGCACCUUCCGGGUCCCAGCUGUAACCGAGCCAGCACACGCACGCACGCACGCACGCAGCGCGAGGAGACGGAGGAGAAGUGGGACUAACAUGGCCCACCAGGCAACCCCUAGUUCCCAGAAGGCCCUGAUGAUGGAGCUGAAGUCUCUGCAGGAGCAGCCGGUGGAGGGCUUCCGCAUCACUCUGGUGGAGGAGUCCGACCUCUACAACUGGGAAGUGGCCAUCUUCGGGCCCCCGAACACCCUGUAUGAGGGAGGCUACUUUAAGGCUCACAUCAAGUUCCCGGUGGACUACCCGUAUUCCCCGCCGACCUUCCGCUUUCUCACCAAGAUGUGGCACCCCAACAUUUACGAGAACGGAGAUGUGUGCAUCUCCAUCCUGCACCCUCCUGUCGACGACCCUCAGAGCGGGGAGCUGCCCUCCGAGAGGUGGAACCCCACCCAGAACGUCAGGACGAUCCUGCUCAGCGUCAUCUCCCUGCUCAAUGAGCCCAACACCUUCUCCCCGGCUAACGUGGACGCGUCUGUCAUGUUUCGCAAAUGGAGAGACAGCAAAGGCAAGGACAAGGAGUACGCCGAGAUCAUCAGGAAGCAGGUGAUGUCGACGGCGGCGGAGGCGGAGCGCGACGGCGUCAAGGUGCCGACCACAUUGGCGGAGUACUGCGUCCAGACCAGGGUCCCCUCCCAGGACAGCAGCUCGGACCUCCUCUACGACGACCUCUACGACGACGACAUGGAGGAGGAGGACGAGGACGAGGACGAGAGCGAGAUGGAGUCCGUGGGCGAAGCCGGCGGGAUCAGCCCCGCGGAGGACGGCGGGACGUCCACCAGACGUUACGACAACCAGGACGACUCUGGCAACGAGGACUCAUGAUGAUCUGGAUGACCCCCCCCUCUACUUUUAUGUGUUGCGUUACAAUUUUCUGUGUGUGUGUUUGCACAUACAGUGGGGUCAACUGCCAAACCCCCCCCCCCCCCCCUUCCUCCCUCAUCAUUUAUUAAACUAAUACAAAUGGUCGUGCAAACAAUAGUUGUAGUCUAAAUCAAAAGUCUGAAUUUGUGUGUCUCCACCGUUUGCCUUAAUUACAGCGUGCACUCCGUCUGGCUUCAGAUGUUUUGCAGUUUGAGGAUUGAAAUUAUUCCAGCACUGUUUGAGAGCCCCCCCCCCCCCCCCCCCUUACGAUAUAUUUCAUUUUUGCAUGCCUCUGCAGAGUGGUGUCGCUCCACGGUGUGAUUAGUCGUGUGCACGUUGCUGACCCCAGACCAGGCGAAGCAUCCCCUCAACCUGAAUACCUUGUGUUGUUUUUCCUUCCUCGUGGACCGCCGGUCGCAACCGUGACGUCGGAUUUCAUUUUUUUUUUCUUGGUUCGUCAACAGUAAUAUUUCCGUGUUGUUCAACUCCGCCGCUGAACCGCCCGACCUUGUUUUGCCAAUUAAAGAAGUGGUUUGUUAACGGCUCCAGUUUGUCGCUCUUUCACCUGCAGCUCUCGUCGGUUUUCUUUGCAUCUCGGAUGCAGAAGCAUGAAAGUGUUUUUGCUUGAAGCCGUCGUCCCUGUUCCGGAUGAGAAUCCUUCUCGCCUUUUCAAUCGGAGCCACUUUAUCGGGAUCGUUUACGGUGGCGACGGCUCCUUUUGUCCUUAAUAAUUCAGAUUGCGUGGCAGCGCACACGUGUUUAACAUUUGCAUACAUGGAGAGACAAACACAAGUAUUUUACUUAUUUACGAUGAACGAUGGAAACCAACUGACCCCGUGGUGGUCUCUUGAACCCCGCUGUAGCUGGCCGGCUCUGGUUCUGGUUCUGGUUCUGGCUCUAGUUCUGGUUCUGGCUCUGGCUCUGGCUAGUCCACGUCAGAUUGUCUCUGUCCACCGUAUCUUCACUUGUUGCUGUUGGUUGACGUUGUGUCCGAACCCCGAUGGGCUGGCCAGCUCGUCUUCUGGCAGGACGUCUCUGUCCCUCACUCGUCUGUUGGACUCCGUCGGGACCCCCGUCCUCUCGGACCCCCUUCAUGCUCCCUCGUGACCCCUUAAAGUAACAUAAUUUGGUGAGGGGGGGGACAAGGUCUCGACCUUUUCUCACGUCGCCUCCUACACCUCCGUCUGCCUCUUAAACCUCAGGGCCUCAAUAGACUUUCACUGAGGGAGAUGAACACACACGAGCUGCUCCUCGGCUCCUUUUCCUGCGUUCUGCAUCACCGGGUGGUCCACGAGGUUCAGAGUGAACUAAAAGUCUCCCAAACCCACCGGCAGCGUGUUCACAUGUGACUCGAGUGUUGCUGUUGGUCUCGAUUUAAGGUCCUUUUUAAGUUGAUUUCCUUUCUUAGACGUAGAAAACAAAUCGAAAUGCACCUUUAGGCACUUUCACGUUAUGUUGCAAUUUAGAUGUGAACAUUUUACUUUUUUCUUAUUUUUUUUGAGCCAACUCGAGCUUAAAUGCGACUUUGUGAAAAUUGGACGUUGUUACUGAGCUGCACCACAUCCACAGUCCGUUAAGUCAACAUGCAGCUUAGCGACACUUUUGCAUUUGAAUGACUUAAGACACUGAUUGCCUGUUAUGUGUGUGUGUGUGUGUGUGUGUGUGUGUGUGUGUGUGUGUGUGUGUGUGUGAGGAUAUUUACAUGUACUAUUCAUCUAUUGACUACAAUGUCAGGGUUUCUUGUGCAGACUUCUGUCUCACUAGUGAGUUUUCCCAAAUGACCUUUUGGACGAGGACUGAAUUGGCCGAGGAUUUGACUGAAAGAAAAGAAAACACCCUCUGAGUAUUAAACAUUUGGACACAUGUUGUGACUAAUAUCAUCAAGUAAACCGUUUGGGGUGUUUUUUAUGGUUGGAGGUUUGAAUCUGUUGCCCCUUUUUCAACACAACAGAGCACCGCGCACACCUUUUUUGAUUCAAAGGGAUGGAUUUCAUGCCUCUUGGAGACCACGGCUGCAUCUGGUGGAUUUAACAAACUCUUGUGAGAGAGAUGAACCUUUUUGGGGAUUUUAAUAGGAAGCCAGAGAACUGAGGACUGCUGUGCUUUGGACAGAGACUGGAUUCUGGAUCUUUAAUGGAUUUGAUGUCAAGGCUCUGCUCUAUUCUGACCUUCUUGAUGUGGUCCCCAUUUCUUUUGCCCGUGAAAUGAAAGUGAAAUGUGUGCCUGCUGAGGGACUCGUCUGACAUAUUGGGGAAAUGUGUUCAUUUACUUUGGCGGAGAUGAGGAAAUCUCUCUCUCUCUCCAAAUGUGUUGGAAUGAAACCGUUUAGCUUAGCUUAGCACAAAGAAUGGAAAGAGACGGUUAGUCUGGCUCUGUCGAGGACAGCCCUAGUUUAAUCUGUACACGACCCUUAGUGUAGAAAUGUUGUUUUGUGGAACUUUUUCUUGGCUGCAGUCGUAACUUCCAGGAGUCUUUUCUGCCAAGAAAUAGUCCCAGAAGCCGCGUUUUAAAACAGUUGUGUUUACACUGAGGGUUCAGUACAGAUCAUUGAGCUUUAGAGGCUGACUGGCUCCAUAGAACAGAUCCAGGUUAGCUGUUUCCAGGCGUUAUGCUAAGCUAACCGUUUGCUGGCUGUAGCUGAGUAUUUAACAGACAGACAUGAAAGUCUCCUUGCCAGAAAGCAAAUUGUGUAUUUCCCAAAAAUGGCCAACUCUUCCUCUUUUGAUAUGAAGCUACAGCCGUUAGCUGGUUAGCUUCUCUUGGUGAAACUAGCUGGUUCUUUCUAAAGGGAACUAAGUCCACCUCCAGACUAAAGCUCACUAAUGAACGAUCUGUAUCUGGUUUCUAUAUCCAGGCUCCCGAAAGUUAUGUCCUGAAAAAUAUAUUGGCCGGGAGAAGUGACUGUGCUAAGCUAAGCUAAGCCGCUGCUAGCAUUAGCUUCACAUGUCAAUCUUCUCAUGUGACUCGAGGCAAGAAAGCAAAAUACGCUUAUUUCCCAGAUUGAAAACAAUGACUUUAGUUGAACAAUUUCCCUCCAUCGUGAAUUUAGAAAUCAGAAUCUGCGUUUUUUUAGAAUUGUUAUAAAGAGUGAGGUUGAGGCCCUUAUGUUCAAUGAUCUUCAAACUUUAAACGCCUGCUAUUUUUUGACUUGUAAUGGAUGCCUUGUUUUUAUAAAGAGGGCCUUUUGAGGGAAGAGACCAACCAACAAAUAUUUUCUCUGAUGGAUGACGAUAAUUCCCAAAUCCCAACCUGAGACUGCAGUGAGAUGACGUCACACAGUUACACACGAAGGCCUGAAUGAAAUCAUUUAGUUUGUUUAAUCUGGGCGCGUGUGAGCAAGUGUGUAUUUUAUUUUAUUUUUUUAAGUGUGGACCUUUUCAUGGUCACACACACGAUAUGUCCACACACAUAGAUGUUAAUGCUGUCCUUGUUUCUUUCUUUUUUCUUUGAUUUUAUUCCUCAUUUUGUGUUUGUGAGGAUGCAAAAAUGUCAUAAAGUUUCUAUUGUAAAAAAAUAUAUACAUUGUUGGGUUUGUUUGCGGUAUAGCUUUGAUAUUUAAGCCCACGGUGAGUUGGCUUUUGGAGUAGAAAUAGGAUUGAUAUGCAAAUGGAGAUAUACAGUUAUUGUGGUUAAGUUGGGAAAUCAUUGAAAAAUAAAACAGUAUGUCAUUGAA